AUGCAGCUGUCCCUGACGAACGAUGAUCUUGAUGCGCAGAUUUUCGUAAACAGGAGUCUUCGACUUGAUAGGAUUCGAUUUUUUGGCUUUGAUAUGGACUAUACCCUAGCUUGUAGGCUAUCUACUACAUUUAUAACUUUAGCUUACAAAUCCCCUCAAUACGAGGAACUUGCCUUCAAGAUAUUGCGCGACAGAUUAAUUGAAUUUGGUUAUCCACAAGAACUGAGCCAGUUUGAAUAUGAACCAUCAUUUCCUGUUCGUGGUUUGUGGUUUGAUCAACAAUACGGAACACUGAUGAAAAUUGACCAAUUCGGCAACAUAUUGAUGUGUCUUGUCGGGUUCAAAGUGCUUUCUAGUGAACAGAUUGGUGAAUUAUAUCCAAACCGUUUUAUAAAAUAUGAAAAGGAUCGGAUACGUGUGAUGUCAACACUGUUCGAUUUACCAGAAAUUUACCUACUGGCUUGUAUAAUUCAUUACAUGCACAGCAACGAUGCGUACAUCAAAGAACUAAAUGGUGUAAAGUAUCAGUCGCUCUACAUAUCCUACAAGUCAGUCCUGCAAGACGUGGAAGAAGCUAUGUCUUGGAUGCAUAUGGGUGAGCUGAAAAAGCAGACGAUGGCAAAUAUUGGGAAGUAUAUUGAACAGAAUCCCAAAUUACUUGUCCUGCUUGAUAAACUUCGUACGGACAGGACAAAUGUUUUUCUCCUAACAAACAGCGACUAUGAAUACUCGGAUGCAGUUAUGAAAUACCUGUGCAAUCUACCUGACAAAGAUGGCAAUGUGCGCCAUUGGACGAGCUACUUCGAUUAUAUAGUUGUUGACGCAAAGAAGCCGGUCUUCUUCCAAGAGGGAACACUGAUGCGAGCCGUCGAUAUGAGUACUGGGCGAUAUAAAAUGGGACAGAUUGCAGGACCGCUUGAACGAAGCAAAAUCUACGCUGGAGGGUCCAGUGCCACCUUCACCCACCUCAUCGGUGCCCAGGGGAAGGACGUCCUCUAUACCGGUGAUCACAUUUUCGGUGACAUUCUUAAGUCCAAGCGUCAGGUAGGCUGGAAGACCUUCCUCGUAGUGCCGGAGCUGCUGAACGAAAUCUAUGUGUGGAAGAAGAAGAACUCCCUCUUUGAACGUCUCAAUGAAUUGGACAAUGAAUUGGCCGAUAAGUACAAGUAUGGCCACCUCUGUACUUCGUAG